CAGCUAUAUAGACUUUUGCUGCCUGUUUGUAACAUAAGCGAUUUCACAUAAGCAUGUUCUCCAGGAUGAACACUUUUCACGUGUCUUCUCAGAACCAAAAAUUGCUGAAAAUCAAACUUCAAAACAUAACCUUCGAAGAGAGUAAAACUAAUCUGCACACAGUGUUGCCGAGCUGAAGAAGACCAAACUGGUAGAUAGUGCAGUUGAAAUUCGGUAGACUCAAGGCUAAAUUGGUAGGAGCAAAAAA